AUGGAGACGCCACAAAUGAAUGCUAUACAGGAGGAGGACAAUUCGUCCCCGGAAACUGCUUUCCAAACGCCCAAAUUAAAUGAUUCCGAUGCUUUGUCGUUCUCACUGUCCAAUAUGAACGGUGUAGGAAAUACGGACGGCAUGCCGUCACAAAACAGGACGCUUUUUGCAUCUCCCAGACCCAGCUCGCUCUUUUAUUCUGCUAAAGAAGGUAACAAUUCGAGCUCCAGCAUCAUCUACAAUCCUUCCUUCAGCUUUGGCGAAAACGUUUCCGCUAAUAAUACCGCCAAUGACGGCAGUAUGUUGAAGGGGAAGAGCAAUGAUCAUAGAAGACAGUCACUCAAGUAUAUACCGGGAACAAAGCUGGCUCCGCCUCCCCCUAGAACAAGAUCGCCGGUAAGAGGCAUAUCUCCAGACGCUGGAAACGGUAAACGAUCUUCUUUGACGCUGGAAUCUCCAUUCAACUUUACGACAUCUACGCUACAACCGCAUCAACAGACACCUCCCUCUUCUGCUGCAUCAAGGACUUCAUUCCGUAAGGGACAUCGUUAUAAGCAUUCUUCUGUUUCGAUGAAUUUUUUCCAAGAGCCUGAGGUGAAAAUCCCCCUAAACAUCGCCAAAUCCCUUCCCAUACCGGAUUUGAGUGACUUGAUGUCCAAUUUACCGUGGCCAAAGGCUCACAUGCAGUUAUCUAUUGUUGGCCUGCAAAUGUUGGCAUGCUUAAUCACUUUCCAAAUGGGGCACUUAUAUUCAUGGAAUAAUUUUAUCACGUUAUCGCAUUUUAUCACUUACGAUAUCAUUGGGUCUCUAGUUAUCAUAUUUGUGGAGAACUUGUCCCAAUUCCAGGUCUGGUUCACGGGGACAAUCACUUUCCCCUUUGGCCUAAAUAGAAUAGACGUCCUAUUGAGUUUCGCACUUKCCGUUUCAUUAUGUUUUGUCGGGUUAGACCUGUUAUUUCAUAUAGUCGAAGAGUUCAUUGUUCUAUUUGUGGAAGCAGGUAACACGUCGACAAGCAACCAUGAUCACAAUGAAAUCAAUGAACAAAUUCCUCAUUCUCAUUUUGCUACUGCCAAUGAUUCACAAAACGAAAACAUCACUUUGUGGUAUGGAAUACUAGUGAUUAAUUUAGUGCUAUCAACGUUAUCACUCUAUAAAACGUUUUAUGCUAAUAAAUACAGUAAUUUGAAAACGAAGAAUCCAAUAAUUACCAUCACGUACACAAUGUAUCUGUUCAUUUAUCCCUUAUUAUUGGACUUAUUAUCAAGUAUAUCUGAUUACUUGGCCACUUUGGUAAUAUCGAUUUUGAUUUUAUGGCAUGGGCUUACUAUAGCAAGAUGGACCUCUACAGUUUUGUUGAUGGGGUUUUCAACUACAUCGUUAUCUAAUUCAGCGUUAUUCAAUAACAACCACAACGCUGAUGCAACAACCGAUGCUGGAGCUGAGUCUAAAUCAGGCAAAGAAAGACCCACCAUACGGCCAAGGUCGAUGAGCUCAUUACCCAUAGCUACGAUAAACACCAAGAAAGUAGCCACUAAAACUGGGUUUUGGAAUCCUAUAGCUUCCACUGAAAACCCAACAAGCAUUAAAAACAUGAUUAAAGAUCAAAUCGAGAGACUAAACGAAUUUAAAUCAAGAUGCAUUUUAAAUUACGAUGACCUAAUAAUAAGUAAAGUGAACUUUACGCUUUACGUGGUACUAAUUAAGAUAACAAUGAAAGGUGGCUCUAACGAUGACGAGUUGAUGUUAAGGUUAGCCAUCGACAAGUGCAUUCAAACGAGUAUUCCGUCUUGUGAAACGACAAUAGAUAUAGACCGAAUUUAA